AAUAUUUGUUUUGUGCUACAGUAGAAAAUAAUCCGGCAUGAAAUAUAUUUAAAACAUAAAUAAAUAAAUAUAAAAAUGGUUUUCUUAUCGAUGAUUAAUUAUGCUACAAAAAGAGCUUUCGAUAAAUCUUUUAAAAGACAGAAAAUCUUAAAAUUGACUGCGAAAUACUUUGGCCGUAAAAGAAAUUGCUACAGUAUUGCCAUAAAAUUUCUACAAAAAGCUCUAAAGUACACAACUGUAGGAAGAAAAAUAAAGCCAGCAUAUCUGUAUCAGUUGAGAUCUACAAGAGUUGGGGCUGCUGCUUUGGAACAUGAAUUGGAUUAUUUUAAGUUAACUCAGAAUUUGACUAAGAGUGGACUUCAAUUAAAACCAGUUGACUUACAAGAUCUUGCCAUAUGGGAGCCAAGAACUUUCAAGUGUCUCUCUGAUAUCGCUAAAGCAAAAGAGAAACUUGAUGCAAACCCAGAAGUGAGUGAAAGACUUCAAAUACCCGAAAAUGUGAUUACUAGAGGAAUGUUGUAAAAAUAAUGAUGUAAUUAUGUUCUUAUGCUUGUUUAGAUUCAAAACUGAAUAAAAACAUUUCAUGUGUC